AAUUUCAGUACGAGCAUCGAUCUUCAAGUGGCACAUAUUCAUCUCAACAUAUAGCCUUGCGGGGAUGAGUUUUUCUAUCGCUCCUCAACAACCUCGUACUCAGUCCGAAGAUGCUACGCGCGCUUUGGAGGCAGGAUUGUGGCUAGAGGACGGAAAUGUUGUACUUAUUGCGGAGGAUACACCAUUCAAAGUGCACCGAAACGUUCUUUGUCACAAUUCUCAGGUCUUCCGAGACAAGUUCUCUCAGGUGGUACAGGGGAGCGAGAACAAUGGAGCGCUCAUUGUUGCUCUUUCGGAUGCAUGGAAAGAUGUCCAAUAUAUGCUCUCGGCUCUCUAUUACGGCGGAAAAUAUUUCAGCACAGACAAGCCGUUGUCGUUCGCAGUUGCCAGUGCAUUGCUUCGCCUUGGCACAAAAUACAACAUUGUCCACCUACGAGAUGAAGUGGUGGCUCGACUGAAGCAAUGUUUCCCACCCUCCCUUGAAGAUUUUAACAAUUGUUACGCUGGUCCCAAGGCUUACGAUGAUGACGACUCCUUAGCAUGUAUCCCAGAGGCCAUACAGCUCCAAAAAACCGAUGUCAUUGGAGUCAUCAACCUUGCUCGCUUGUGCGACUUGCCAUUUCUUCUUCCUCCUGCAUUCUACAUCUGUUCCGCGCUCGACCUAGAUGACAUUUUUGAGGGUGUACAGGACGAAGAUGGACGACUUAUGAAGUUGAGUCCUGAAGAUAUAUACACAUGCAUACGCGGGCGCGAGGACUUGAUUCGAGCAAACCUCGAGUGUAUGGAGAUAUUCGCUUUUCCGGAAAAUUCUUUUGGUUGUGCAGCACCGUUCAUUUGCAAUGUGCGAGAACAAGCAUUCAUACACAAGUGGUGGACAGAGGGAGGCCGUAUAGACACGAUAGUCUUAGUGAGCCCGGAUUGGGUGGAAAGGCGGGGACCAUUAAUAGACUCGCCACUGUGCAUUCUCUGUCGCAGUGCUGUGCUGAAGUACAUGGACGCGUUUCGCCAGCUUGUUUGGAACUCGUUGGGCGAAUAUUUCUCGGUGCCUGACUGGCCUAUUAUUGCAAACGCUGAAUAAAGAUAGACAUGUGAGUCCUUCUGCUUAUGAUUGCUUAGCAGCUUGAUAUUGCUAUGGCUAACAUAUAGUCUCAUUGAGACAGGCGGACACAUACGCAACCUCCGUUUCUUGGGGUAUAUGUACCUAACUCACAUGUCAUCAUGCUCAUGUGGAUGGAAUGUCUGAUACACAUCUGGAUUUAUACCUGGGGCCAUUUGAGAUUAACCGUACAUGUAAACCUCUGCUACGUUAGCCUACAUCUAAGAUCACUAUAUAAGAUAAAUACACUGACAAAGGAUAUUAGUUGAUGGAUAUCUGUACUUCUAAUGCAGCAAUGUGUCUAAUAGAUCGUGAGUGGAGACGUAUGA